GGCGUGAGAUGGUGUGUUCCGCGCGCUGGGAACAUGGCGCCGGCCUGUGCUGAGCUGCUGGGCUGCGGCCUGUGAUUCCGGUACAAGGGCUGGUGCGGAUUUUGAUCACUGAGAGAGCCGGAGGAGGCACCGCUCGGGCGCUGCUUCAGCAAUCGUUUUGACAGCGUUCUCUGCAAACAUGACGUCCAUCAUUAAGCUGACGACGCUCUCCGGAGCCCAGGAGGAGUCUGCUCUCUGCUACUUGCUCCAGGUCGAUGAGUUCCGCUUUCUUCUGGACUGUGGCUGGGAUGAGAAUUUCUCCAUGGACAUCAUCGAUUCUAUCAAAAAGUACGUGCACCAGGUGGACGCCGUCCUUCUCUCCCACCCGGAUCCCCUGCACCUCGGCGCUCUCCCGUAUGCCGUGGGAAAGAUGGGAUUAAACUGCGCCAUAUAUGCCACCAUUCCUGUAUACAAGAUGGGUCAGAUGUUUAUGUAUGACCUGUACCAGUCUCGACACAACACCGAAGACUUCAACCUCUUCACUCUGGAUGACGUGGACUCGGCGUUCGAUAAAAUACAGCAACUCAAGUUCUCCCAAAUCGUGUAUUUGAAAGGGAAAGGUCACGGAUUGUCGAUCACCCCGUUACCAGCCGGCCACAUGAUAGGAGGCACCAUAUGGAAGAUCGUGAAGGACGGAGAAGAGGAGAUUGUCUACGCUGUCGAUUUCAACCAUAAGAGAGAGAUACAUUUGAACGGCUGCUCCUUGGAUAUGAUCAGCAGACCCUCUCUCCUGAUCACCGACUCUUUUAACGCCACGUACGUCCAGCCGAGGAGGAAACAGCGGGACGAGCAACUGCUAACGAACGUCCUGGAGACCCUGAGAGGGAAUGGGAACGUGCUGAUAGCGGUGGACACGGCGGGGCGCGUGCUGGAGCUCGCGCAGCUUCUAGACCAGAUCUGGAGAACCAAAGAUGCCGGCCUCGGCGUCUACUCCUUGGCUCUUCUCAAUAACGUCAGCUACAACGUAGUGGAGUUCUCCAAAUCUCAGGUCGAGUGGAUGAGCGACAAGCUGAUGAGAUGUUUUGAGGAUAAAAGGAACAAUCCUUUCCAAUUCCGCCACCUCUCCCUGUGCCACGGAUUUGCGGACCUCGCUCGUGUUCAAAGCCCUAAAGUGGUGCUGGCGAGCCAGCCUGAUCUGGAGUGCGGCUUCUCCAGGGAGCUCUUCAUUCAGUGGUGCCAGGACCCCCGGAACUCCAUCAUCCUCACAUACAGGACCACUCCAGGAACCCUCACUCGCUUUCUGAUCGAUAACCCAACGGAGAGAAUCAUUGACAUCGAGCUUAGAAAACGCGUGAAGCUGGAAGGAAGGGAACUCGAGGAGUACUUGGAGAAGGAAAGGUUGAAGAAAGAAGCUGCCAAGAAGCUGGAGCAGUCGAAAGAGGUGGACAUCGAUUCCAGCGACGAAAGCGAUGUUGAGGAAGACAUCGACCAGCCCACCGUACACAAGGCCAAACACGACCUGAUGAUGAAGAAUGAAGGGAGCAGAAAAGGCAGCUUCUUCAAACAGGCGAAAAAGUCCUACCCCAUGUUCCCAGCGCCUGAAGAGAGAAUAAAAUGGGACGAAUAUGGGGAAAUUAUAAGGCCGGAGGAUUUUCUGGUGCCAGAACUUCAAGCCACCGAGGAGGAAAAAAACAAGCUGGAGUCCGGUUUGACAAACGGAGAAGAACCGAUGGACCAAGACUUAUCCGACGUUCCCACCAAGUGCAUCUCCGCGACGGAGUCCAUGGAGAUUAAGGCGAGAGUAACCUACAUAGACUACGAAGGCCGCUCGGACGGCGAUUCCAUCAAAAAGAUAAUUAACCAGAUGAAGCCCCGGCAGCUGGUUAUCGUGCACGGCCCGCCGGAUGCCAGCCAGGACCUGGCCGAGGCCUGCAGAGCGUUUGGGGGGAAAGACAUUAAAGUGUACACCCCAAAACUGCACGAAACGGUCGACGCAACAAGCGAGACUCACAUAUACCAGGUCCGGCUGAAGGACUCGCUGGUCAGCUCUCUUAAGUUCUGCAAGGCUAAGGACACGGAACUGGCGUGGAUCGACGGCGUCCUGGACAUGCGCGUGUCGAAGGUAGACACGGGCGUCAUCCUAGAGGAAGGCGAACUGAAAGAGGACGGCGAGGAUUCGGAAAUGCAAGUGGACACCCCAAGCGUGGACUCCAGCGCCGUGGCGCAGCAGAAAGUCAUAAAGAGUCUGUUUGGGGACGACGACAAAGAGUUCUCGGAAGAAAGCGAGAUCAUCCCCACUCUGGAGCCAUUACCGACCAGCGAGGUCCCGGGACACCAGUCCGUCUUCAUGAACGAGCCGAGGCUGUCCGAUUUUAAGCAGGUUCUCCUGCGGGAGGGGAUCCAGGCCGAGUUUGUCGGAGGGGUUCUUGUCUGCAAUAACGUGGUGGCUGUUCGCAGGACGGAGACGGGGCGGAUCGGGCUGGAGGGAUGCCUCUGCGAGGACUUUUUUAGGAUUAGAGAACUUUUAUACGAACAAUACGCCAUCGUGUGAAGACGGCUCCGAGCGUCCCGGCUGCGACAUUCCGCGGGG